ACUUCCUGUUUACGUAAUUCUAACCGUUGUUCAGUUGCUAUUUGAUGAAUGGUGCUACUCUUUUUUAGUAUUAAAAAGUUAUUUCCUCUUAUAAAUUCAACUUUUAUUUUUUGAAUUUUAACCGGUGUUCAGUAACUGCCAUCUAAUCUGACUUCUCUCCGCUUUCUUUCCCAUUUUCCUCUAAAAAUUCAUUGCCAUAAAAAGCUUUUUCUGCAACAAAAUUUGAGUGUCCCUUCCAAAAACAAAAAAACCUUUGAUUAAAAUAGAAUGGGUAACUCCAAGAGGACUGAGGCUUUUUCUACCCAUCAAAUCACACAUACUGUCAUGGUCUAAGUUGCAAUGCCUCUACCAAUGGAAGUACAUAGUGUUUGUUUGCCUCCCAAAACAACCACUUUCCAGAAACUUAAGCACAGGGUUUCUGAGAUCCUUUUCCCUGAUGCUCCUCUCCACAGAUUCAAAAACCAAACUUGGUGCAGAAAACUGCUUCUGGGUCUUCAGUUUUUCUUCCCUAUAAUCCAGUGGGGGCCUGAGUACAAUCUCAGGCUCUUCAGGUCUGAUAUCAUCUCUGGUCUCACCAUUGCUAGCCUUGCCAUCCCACAGGGAAUCAGUUAUGCAAAGCUUGCAAAUUUGGCACCAAUACUAGGACUAUAUUCGAGUUUCGUUCCUCCGUUGAUUUAUUCUCUCCUGGGGAGUUCUAGGCAUGUUGCUGUUGGUCCGGUGUCUAUAGCAUCUUUGAUAAUGGGAACAAUGCUUAGUGAAAGUGUUUCCGGUGUUGAAGACCCAAUUCUCUACCUUAAAUUGGCCUUAACUGCUACUUUCUUUGCCGGUUUGUUUCAGGCAUCUCUGGGUCUACUAAGGUAGAUGUAGUUCUUCAAAACAUUUAGUGAAACCUCAUUUGCAUAAGAUUAGAAGAAUUUCUAAAUGAAUUGGAGGAAAAGAUCAAAACCCUCUACCAUUUUUCUUUAACGCAGCUCACUCGCAUGCCUAUAACUUGAAUAUAGGAUCUAUUGCUCC